AUGAUACAUCAUAUUUCCAAGCGCUUCUUCACUGCAGAUGUACCAGUUUUAAGCAAGUAUACUAGACAUCUAUGUCACGUCAAGCUUAACAGGCCUAAAGUCCUGAACUCUUUGAACGUAGAAAUGUUUGACCAUCUGAUGUUAAAUCUAAAAGAUUGGAAUCAAGAUAUGGACACCUGCGCCGUCCUUAUGACUGGGGAAGGAGACAAAGCUUUUUCAGCAGGCGGAGAUAUCAAAGCCCUCUACGAGGCCAAGAAAAAAGACCCUUCAUCAACCCUUCCAACAAUUUUCUUUAGAAAGGAGUAUGUCACUGAUUAUGGGUUUGCCAGAAUGAGGCCAAUCCAGAUCAGCAUAUGGAAUGGGAUUACAAUGGGCGGAGGUGCGGGGAUAUCAAUGCAUUCACCAAUAAGAAUUGCUACAGAAAAAUCUGUCUUUGCGAUGCCUGAGUGUGGCAUCGGCUUAUAUCCAGAUGUGGGGUCUAGCUAUUUCCUAUCUAGACUCCCAGGAAGCUUAGGGCUAUAUCUAGCAGUCACUGGCAGUAGGCUGUCUUCCACUGAAUUAGUUCAAGCUGGAGUUGCCACUCAUUAUGUUCCACAAGCUCGGAUAGGCGACCUUAUUGAGCAACUCAAAGAAAAAAUCAACCCACAUACAAACGUCGUCGGGGUCAGUAAAAUUGUUGAAAAAUUCUCUGAAAAAGUCGAACCAAAUACAAGCUUUUAUGAAGAAGUCGAAAAGCACUUUGGAGGAGCAUCAAGUGUUGAAGAAAUCCAUACAAGAUGUGCCGCUUCUCAGUCAAGUUUUGGUAAAAAGAUUUAUCAAGAAUUGCAGAAAUUGAACCCUCUGUCACAGAAAGUUACAUUUGAACAGAUGAGAAGAGGGCUGCAGAUGAACUUAGAAGAAGCGUUUACAAUGGAAUACAGAUUAUCAAUGAAUUUUGUAGCUGGAACUGAUGUAUACGAAGGAGUCAGAGCAGCACUAGUAGACAAAGAUAAAAACCCUAAAUGGAGCUAUAAAAGUGUAUUUGAAGUUCCUGAUAGCGUGGUGAUGCAGUAUUUUGAAAGACCGCUGGCCACUGAUUUUAAAGAUUUAUAUGUGAGAUCUGCCCUAACAAAACUUUUGGAGGUUAAAAGAGAUAAUAUAAUCACGACUUAA